AUGUGUUGGACAUUUCAGGAAAUGGUGACGUUCCGGGACGUGGCCGUGCACUUUACCUGGGAGGAGUGGAGCCACCUGGACCUUGCCCAGAGGGCCCUGUACCGGGAGGUGAUGCUGGAGACCUUUGAGAACCUCCUUUUCCUGGGGCUCCCAGUGAAGCUGGAUGUGAUCUCCCAGUUGGAGAGAGGAGAAGCUCCCUGGAUGCUGGAGGGGGUGGUCCCAGGAGAGCCUGGCCCAGAGUCGGCAUAA